AUGGGCACGUCUGACUUGACCGAUAACCAUCGGCGAGUCCAUAUAAUUGAUGAUCUGCUGGGGGCGAUUCUAGUGCUUACGGCAUUAGGUUUUGCACUUUUGCUAGAACUCACACGAAGGAGGAUAUGUGCCGUGUACCAGUUGGCCUUCAUUCUUUCCUUGGGUGUUUCUUUCGCGGUGCUUGUUCAGCUCUCGCUCUGUUCCUGUCAAUGCUGUUGCUUGCUGGGUUCAGCAAGCGUUUCGCACCGUCACUGUUUUGCUGCACGAGUACGAGCCAACAUGUCACUGUACAUAACAAGCUUCGUUGCUUUAAGCGGGGCAAUCGGCACAAGGCUUAACGUGAGAUUGCGGCAUUCGGCUAUUAAUCCCGAGGGUGGGACAAUCCAUUGGACCAUGAUUCGUGCUCCGUUCUUCUUAGCAAUGACGCACAUUGGAAGCCUGGCGUUUGUGAUCCUUAAAAUUUUUCUGCAGCAUGCGGAUAAGGCUCCUAUCGGUUCCAGCACAGCUGAAUCUAUGCUGAAUCGCACUUUUCACAAACCAUUUAGCAACGUAACAUAUUCGCCACCACUUUUGCAAACGCUUCCACAAACGUCAUUAUUAUUGAAAAAAAAGGCCGACCAAGUACGUCGACCAGUCACUGAUUCUGCUGCAAAAGCGCUUGCAGAUGUUCUCGCAGCUCGUGGUGGGCAAGAUCACGAACUGCAGCUUUCGGCUAUUGCACCAUCACUUAAUCGACAUCAACGAUAUCGUAACAAUAACGACGGUGACGUAUCUUCACUUAUCAGCAGCGACAGCGAUAGCGACGACGACGUUCUUCAACCAGUCUUCAAGUCGAUAACUCCCACAACUGCCAUGCGUUCACAACACUCGGUGUAUUCCAGAUGCUCCUCAAGCCCGCCAGCAUCGCCCACGUCUUCUGUCGGCUCAUCUCUUUCGACAUCACCAAUAACCAGGGCACGCGCCCGGUUGUUUCGUACUGGAAGCAUUGCUUCCGAAUCAGUUUUCUGGAGCGAUCACGAAGACACAGUUGGUUGUUACAGUGACCGUCCAUCGACAGCCUCGACUGCCUCUACGGCUUCAUUAGAGGGACUUCGCCGUCGAACGACUACUACAACAGAGUCGAUGACACCUCGGCAUUUGUCUACAGGCGUAGCGCUUCAACGGGUCAAUGAAACAAGGAACCAAGUGUCGUUUAAUGUGCAGUGGAUUCCUUGUGUCGAUCCUUCCACUGGAAGGACGUAUUUUUUGAAUCAACAAACGGGUGAAAGUCGAUGGGGUGUGGCGUAA